CUAAAUAUCAGCUGAUACAGACACCGAUUUACGAUUACGAACGAUAUCUUUAUUAAAUGAGUCACCCUGGACAGAGCAGAGAUGGCCGAUAUCCAGCGUAGGGAAUAUGCAAGACUUUUAGUGGUUCCCAUUGCAUUUGCGCUUGCAACGCUUUUCCUUUGGUGUUUGUUUUCAUAUAGACCUCCUCUGAAGAAUGGACACACACCUGAUCUCCAUUUUCCAAAAUCUCUUGAGGAUCUAAGAGAGCUUGUGAGAGUAUCCAGUGCCUAUAAAACUGACCACUGGUAUUAUGUUCUUCUAUUGUUUUCAUCAGCUUACAUCUAUAAACAAACUUUUGCAAUUCCAGGAUCAGCACUUUUGAAUCUUCUUGGUGGUGCUUUAUUUGGAUCUUGGCCUCUUGGAUUUCCACUCUGCUGUGUUCUUACCGCUAUAGGUGCAUCCAACUGCUUUCUUCUUUCCAGACUUGUUGGGAAAGCCUUAGUACAGAAAAAAUUGGCUUCAAAAAUACAGUGGUUACAAGAAAAAAUUCAUGAGAAUGAAAAUCAACUAUUUCUGUUUUUAAUCAGUCUGAGAGUCUUUCCCAUGACUCCCAACUGGCUCUUGAAUGUGAGUGCCCCAUACGUGAAUGUGCCAUUACCCAUUUUCUCACUCUCCGUUUUUUUUGGCUUAAUACCUUAUAACUUUUUGUGUGUUCAAGCUGGAGGGAUGUUAGCUGAAAUUCAGUCAAUGGAAGAUAUAUUUACUCCUAGGUGUAUGUUAGGACUGGUGACAUUAGCGCUGGUCAUGUUUUCAUUUUCUCACUUUGCCCGUAAACGUAAACAGCGGCAUAGUGACUAAUGUAAAUUAAUUGUACUUUAAUUUUAUGUUGAACUGGUUGAACUAUUGUACUAGAAAGUUUAUUAUAUUUUUGUGUGGUUAAGAAAAUUCUUCAAAUUUUGUGAUAAUUAGUUGGUAAAGGUUAUAUCGAAUCUUUGCCAAACAGAUAUAUUAAUAGAAUAUUUUUCAAUAUAAACUAUAUAAUCAAUCUUCCUACUUGCCAGUCUCACAAAAUUUGAUUGGUAUUCACCUCAGGUAAUAUCAUCACUACUUUCUUCCAUUUGUAAAUGAAAAUGAAUUUGCUUCCAUGCUUUUAGUGAUGCAAUCACUGUACUCUUUGGAAUGUUUUUUUCUUUGUUGUUUAGAGCUUAAUCAUAUAUAGGUAGCUCAAGGCAAAAUGUGGGACUUCUGGAUUCUAGUUUCUAUAGUAUAUUUUCUGCCCAUCACAUUUUUCCCACAGAAAAACAGAUUGCUUGUAUAGUGGUCAGAAAUUCUUUUGUCUGACAUACCUCAUGUCUAAAUGAGAGGUUCAAUUCUUUUUUGGGACUGGUGCAUGUUAAUCUAAAGCUGUAUUAGAAUUUGCGCAGAGAUAAGCCAGAGGGGGAAGAUCAGUAGUCAUACUCUCUAAUGUGACACAGGACAAGAAAAGCGCUAGAAACUCAUGUUUUGUUCUGUCAGUAGGGAACAGAUCCAGUUUCAGGCAAAAUGAAUAAAGUCUAUUGAACAUUAGUCCUUGAGGCAUGUAUAUAACUUGGUGGCUCAGUAGGAUCAAAUAUAUUUUACUAUCCCUCUUUCAAACCAAUGAGCAUCUCUCUGAGGCCUUUGGUAAACAUGCCAAAUCAAGAUUUAUGGAAACCUUUAGUCGCCUUAGUCAAUUCAGUCAACAUUUUGGAGGAACCACCUUCAGCAGCAAGAUAAAUCAGAACAGCUAUAGAUGGAGUCACUUCAGCUUCUGCCAGGACAAAUUUGCAACCCACCUCAGCCAUAAGCCAGAGUCCUUGACAAGGCAGUGAAACUCCACCCAUAGAAGAUAAAAUAAUAUGUGCUCAUUUUGUCCUUUGGAUGGUACCUUGCCACUGGAUUCAGUUUAUCCUUGUGUUUAGAAACAUGAUGAACCUGUACUCACCUCAGACCAGUUUUGAUGGAUGAUAUUUAUAUGCUUGCGCAGGGCAUUAAUUUGGUUUACUUUAAACGAGCACAUAAGUCAAUGAGUAAAAUCCCAUUUGAAAUGUAAAUGUAUAGGAAAUUUGAAUAGAAAAGGUUGACAAGGCUACAAGCAGUCUUUUUAACUGUAAUAGGAGUUGCACUUCUUGUGAUUGUUUAGAGCUGUUGUGUAGUCCCAUACAUAAUUACCUCGAAAUCCUUGAGAAAAUAGCAUGGUACAGAAACCAGGAGUACAAGUUAGCCUGUAAACAAAACAGUCAGAAUGGCUCUUGUUGAAGAAAUGAAUGCAAGAAAACCAUUAUCAAAUGCAAACAUUAAUAAAUUGUGAAGCAUUUUCAUAAAAUUCUCUGUAAAUAAAAUGUGAAGUCAAAAGAUAGUUGGGUAGUGAUAAGUUUUGACUUGCUCACUGUACAUAAAAGGUAAAUGAUAGCAUCACAUAGUCUUACCAUAAUGAGACAUGUUGAUUUUUUCAGACUUAUGUUGACCUGAAGGCAUUUACGUAUUAGAUUUUGCGUAUUAUUUUACUUAAUGCUGCAACUCAACAGUGGAGAUUUUAUGCUGUACAGUAUUCUUAAGUCUGUAUGCUUGCUAAGAAAAUCUUAAUAAAAUCUGUAGCAAAUAAUACUAUUACCGAGAUAUUUAUCAUCUGUUGUUGAUGUUUUAAUGACCAUUCAUGGAACAGGGUGUGUUAUUGAAGUAAAAGUUAACCAAAAUUUGUUCUUCAUGCAUAAGAAUUUGGCAAUGAAAUCCUGAGUUAAGCCAGAGGUAACCCUACGCAGAAACAUACUUGCAACUGACUUACUACUGUACAUCAAAUGUAAACAAACGUGGCUGCCCAUUCUGUUCAGUAGAUAUCUAACAUUUGUUUGUGUUAAAGAGAAGCCUUCUUUAUUUUAUUUAAAACCAACUUGAAUGUGCUUAAGGCUAUCAUGAUUUCCCAAAACUUAGUCAAGCCUUGUAAUUAUUGAAUGUUUCCAAAACCCUCUUGUUUUACGCCCUUCCACACAAGGGGCAAUAGUACAGCGAAGGCAGACACUGUUACCAAUUUUGUGGGUAGAUGGCAGUCAUGAAUGUAGAUAUGUCAUAGAUGAGGAAAGCACGGGCAAACCAUCAAAGUGCCCGUUGUUGAGGCACUGGAUGGGCACCAGACUAGAGACAACAUUGUCUGACACAGCUCUGACUGCACUCUGCCCGGUGUGUGGUCCAAGUCAUAGUUCGCUUGUAUAUGCCUACAGUCUGCCUUGGACUUUGUGAUCUGGUAACACUGUUUAAAAGCAAGAGAAUUACGGGCAUAUCCAAGUGCCCAUCAUGUCUUUUCCUCUUGUGUGGAAGGGGCUUUUCGACAUCUUAUUUUUAUGUUGUCCUCAAGGAUAAAAUGGCUCAGUGAUUGUUGUAAAACACCUGUCUUUGACCUUGAAUACUGUAAGUAGUUUCAUCCCUUCUCGGAUAUACGUAGUUAUAAACGAAAAUAGUUCAGCAUAAACAAGGUAAAAUAGUUCAAUAAAUUACUAAAGUAUAUAGCAGUUAAUUUUAACCUCAUUAACAUUAUGAGGUUAGGUGUCUACCUAAGUACUGUACAAUAUGAAUGCCUUUGCAUUAGGAAGAGGCAGUUUCAAAAUGUUUGUUGAAAUUAAAUGUAAAUAGUGUUACUCUGCAUAUAGCAUAAAAGUUAGCUUUUAUGGUUUGCACAGUAAAUUCUUAAAGAUGUGGAUUCCAUGUAAAACCAGACUCAUUCUUUGUUUUUGAUUAUUUGAAACCCAGAUAUAAUUGAGAGUAAAAAUAUUAAGAUAAGGAAAAACCAACACAUGAAGACAUCUAAUAUUUUCGAUUGAACUUAUAGUCAUCAAGGCUAGAAUAGAGAAUAACAACACUUGGGUAAUAAGUUAGGAAAGAUAGUUAUGGUAGCAAAAAAUAACUUUCCUUUUUACAGUAAAAUGUUACAGUGUCUGUUCAAAGAACUAUUAGAGAAUGAAAAUCUUCAUUCCAGUACAGAACUGUAAUAUCAGUUUUAUUAUUAACAAAUUCCUUAGAAGAUAGCUGAGGAAAAAUAUCCAUUGAUAUUAUGAGCAUGUCAUAGACUAACAGGCCAUGUGGUGGUAGCCCCCCCCACCCCCCAACCUCCCCCUUGCACUGUCUGGACCUUUGAAGUUUUAUUACAUACCGUAACUCUUAAUCAGGACCAAGAUAAAGAUUAUUAUGAACUAGAAUAGGCAAAACCUAGGGAAAAUUAGCCUGAAUUCACUGGUAAGUUGUCACAGGUCAGUUUUGGCUUUUACUUUGAUAAAUCCCUCUGGCAGCUAAGGCUGAUUCCAAUUAUUGUAUUGGACGAGUGCGGGCAUGGGGGGAAAAUUGUUACCACGUUGAUCUAGGAUGAUUAGGCAUUUAAGUAUAUCUUAGUUUUACCAGACCACUG